AGAUGUUACGUCAUUUGCAAUACAUUUUUUUCCGAGUCGAUCGUCGUCAGUCAUGAUCGCACGCGCAUCGCGUGUACGAAGAAGAGAGGGGCAACGACGAACCCCAGUUCGCAAAUCGUCAUGUGGCUUAGCAGAAGUCCUAAAGCAGCAGAACUCUGAAUUACCAAGUCGCGAGCGCGAGUCAAGUCCGCGCAAGUAUAGUAUACCCAUUAUAUUCACCGUUGGACCUCCAUCGAGUCGUGAGAAUUAUAAGUACAGAUUUAUCAUCAUUAACAGAUCAAUUUGGACCCUGUCACUGUGUCUGAUCUGUUGAACAAAAUCUACGCGAGUUUCUAUUGUUGUCGAUUGCUCAUCAACUUUUGACGCUUGUAGAUCACUGCUAUUGAAAAAAACGUUUUAGCAGAUAUUCAGAAAAGCUCAAUCAUGGACCGCAAACCUACUGAAUUUGAAAGUUCUUAUAAUGAAGAAAGUAUUGGAUCAGGAUUGCUUCGUAGUAUGCAACAAAAACCUUUGGCUUAUAUUGGUCUACUUGGAAUGGUUGGUGCUUGUUCUUAUGGAUACAUGCGUUAUAAAACAAGAGGAGUUCUACAUUCGACUUCCUUAUUUUUAAUGCAACUUCGAGUUGGUGCUCAAGCCAUGGUUGUUGGUACUAUAUCAAUAGGCAUGGUUUAUAAUGCAGUAAAUCAGUAUAAUUUAAGAAAAGAAAAACAGCGCCUUAAAAAUGCUGAAUAGUUAAAAUUUAAUGUUGUUACAUUUUUACCCAAAAUGAAUCAUGCUGAUUUGUAUUUUCUAUGAAAAUUGAACUGCAUGUACAAAUGUAUUAGAUGGAAAAAUUUGGAACUGUGAUUUUCCAUGAAGAGUAAAUCGUUAACUUGAGUGUUGUAUGCUUGUAUGCUUAAUAAUGAAAUUAAUUUUAUCAAUAUCUUAUAUGCUAAUAAUUUUUCUUAUACUUAAAUAAUCACGUGAAUAAUUUAUCUGCUCAUUGUAAAAAACUGUAAAUAUAGACAAGUGUGUAAAGCAAUAUACUGGUGAUAUUGCUAUGGAAAUUUCUAUCCAAUAAAUAUUCUCAUUUCGGUACAAUU